GUUCAGCUUGACGUCGUGUUUGUUGGGUCUCGCUGCUCUGCAUCAGUCUCAGUGCAGUCUUCAGUCCGCGGAACCCAGCAGCGUCCCAUCUGGUGUGUGAUGGCAGACAGGGCUGCAACUGCCACCUCCAGACUCAUGGAGCUGCACUGUGAACAUUUAAUCGUCUCCACAGGAAACUGAACCCUCAGAUGAUGGAGCUGAACUCAGACCAGAGGAAGGAUGGAUCCUUAAGCAGGGCGUCUGACGGACUGUAGCGUCGUCUCAUGGCUGAGGUUCAGCAGCUUCCUCUUAAUCUGCCCACAACACUGAUCUGAAAUCCCUCAGUUGUUGGAUUACUGACGUGACGGGGGAACCACGCUGCCUGGGGUGGGCACCUGUGAGCAGUUUGUGUGUCUGUGGUGUCGCCUCUCAUCAUGGGGAAGGAACAAGAUCUUCUGGUGGCGGUGAAGAAUGGAGAUCUGCUGCAGACUCACAAGCUGCUUUCCAAACUUAAGUGCAACAAAACCAAGUUACUGGGUACCAACAAGAGACUAAACAUCAAUCACCAAGACUUGGAUGG